UCGGCGAGACCGUUAAUCACACCCACAUUGAGCAAAGACCCGACAGGUAGCGUGGGCUGAUAACUGCACUGUUUGAACUACCCCAGCAGACACCCGUCUACAGAUUAUUGUGUAAACACACAGGACAACACGGGGACUACGAUUAGAUUAUCUUUUUCAGUGUUUACAGCCGACGAAGGGGGGCGGGCAGCACCGAACAGAUCGAAGUAAAUGAAGUGCUUUCACUGCUCAAAAUCUUCACCUUUGCCCUUUACCAUUCGGAAAGUUUGACCCUGGAAAAAUUUAACUUUUUUCCACAGGCGUUAUCAAAUUUCGUGGUGACGAAGGUAUGGAGGACUAAAAGGAGCUGAUAGAGGGAAAAGAAACAGCCUGUGACUAAGGUAGCACAUGCUGGAGGCUUAAACUUUGCCAGGAGCUGUCAACAUAACAAGCAGGUGACCUCCCAGCUGCUCAACUGAAUCUUAGCAAGCGAGAACGGUGCUUUUUGGCGGACAAAAUGGCCUUCAGCGUGUCGUAUCACGAUCUGCUCGACAAAAAUAUCCGCCACAUCUACAGCAGCCUUCCCUCCAACAUCCGGUUCCGGUCUGAGCCCAUCCCAGGGGUGACUUUGAACCCUCAUCAUGGCUGCCUGUCUCUUCACAGCCAUCAGAACCUUCAGCAGAGUCGAGUCCCGGCGCUCCUACGUCGUCGCCUCUGGGCCUACAGUCAGGACUACGGGGUCACCCUCCCCCGAGCACCUGCCUUUAGGCUCAUGUCUACUAAUGAGGUCAAGGCUAUCGUUGAUAGGGUCAGCAAGCCGACGAACAGCCAGCAACGCCCCCUGUGCGUGUGUCGUCGCGAGAUGCUGCGGCAGCACUGGGAGAGGUGUCCGUCCUGCCACGCAGCCAGCCACGGACGCCGCUGCAGCAGCAAGCAGGAGAUGUCGGACCUGACGGCCCGCGUGUCACGCCCCACACACUCCGCGCGCGUGCGCUAUGAACUCAGGGAAGGUCACACCACUGACCCUGUCCAAGUCGUGCUCGCCCGGUGCACUUCCUGUCGAGAGGCUGCUGGUGCCGACAACUGGUAGCUCGCCCAAGAAAACUGUUGUUUUAGAGUUUUUUAAUCAUUUAAAAAAGGACAGUUAUUUUUAUAAUUUAUAUUGUCAUUAAACGAUUCUGCUCAGCAUU